ACAGCGCUCGGAGGACUAGCUUCGAAGCAGUUCACCCAUUGGUGCCGUGUUGACAUUGCUGGCGCACUUCUCAGCGUCCACGGGCAGGCUUCAACGUCACAUACAUAACUCUAUCGGCUCGUUGGAUUUUUCUGCGUUAGGUGUCAACGCGAGCGUUACGUCCGAGAACGUUUGAGCAGCUGGGAUCGCCGGAGAAUACACGCGCCUCAAGGCAUCGUCGAUGUGAAUGGUGCUUAAGACUCGAGGCUGUCGGACCUGAGAACGUUCCGCGCGCGUCGUGACGACUUGUUAACUGUUGUUUAGCGUAAUCAUGGCGGCGAUCUCGCCACGAAUAGACGAGCUUGUGCAGUCGGUCAGCAUGCACAAUUCACGCAGAUGGAUGUUUAACGGCUACAUCAUGCCGUUCGUAAUACUGCUGUCUGCAUGGAUCAACUGUUGGAUCUUCGUCUACGGUGUCGACGAGUAUUAUGACGCGGGCCUGGUGGGCAUCGCGGUAAUCGGCGUGCUACAGGUCCUCCUGUGUCUCUGCUGUCAAUGGUCCGUGCACAUUCAUACGUUCGUCAAUUGCAGCUCGGAAAGAGAUCCUUACAAAGCCAGAAUAGUAAAGGUAGUGCCUACGCCGAAUAACGGAAGCACUGAACUGAUCAAGCUGCAUCAUAAGGAGCAGCAGGAACCGUGGUUCAUCUUUCAGAAGACUAAGUAUCAUUGGGAUCCGGCGAAAAAGUCAUUUAUAGGCCUACACUUCCCCAUCAAUCAUUCCGUUAAACAUUAUUGCGAAUGGAAAGGAUAUCUUGACGAAAAGGAAAUUGCAGCGGCGGAAGAGAAAUAUGGCAAAAACAUCUUGGACAUGGUCGUGCCCGAGUUCUGGGAGCUUUUCAAGGAGCGUGCGAUCGCGCCGUUUUUCGUUUUUCAAGUUUUCUGCGUAGCGCUCUGGUGCUUGGACAAGUACUGGUACUAUAGUAUCUUCACUCUGAUCAUGCUUAUCAUGUUCGAAUGCACGCUGGUACAGCAACAAUUGAAAAACAUGGCUGAGAUUCGCAAAAUGGGCAACAAGCCCUACAUGAUUAUGGUGUACAGAAAUAGGCGAUGGCGCUUAUUAUUUUCAGAUCAACUGGUGCCCGGUGAUAUCGUUUCUAUCACGAGGCCUCGACAGGAUAAUCUGGUGCCAUGCGACAUGUUACUGCUGCGAGGUCCCUGCGUGGUUGACGAGAGCAUGCUGACAGGUGAAUCCGUCCCGCAAAUGAAGGAGCCUAUAGAGGACAUGGAUGGAAAUCGGAAUCUGGACAUCGAAGGCGAUGACAAGCUGCACGUGCUUUUCGGCGGUACGAAAGUCGUGCAGCACACACCUCCUAGCAAGAACACCCCUGGUCUACGAGCGGCCGACAACGGAUGCGUUGCCUAUGUGCUGCGUACCGGUUUCUCCACGUCGCAGGGCAAACUCUUGAGGACGAUAUUAUUUGGCGUUAAACGCGUUACCGCCAACAACCUCGAGACUUUCGGUUUCAUUUUGUUUUUAUUGAUCUUCGCGAUCGGCGCCGCCAUGUACGUUUGGAUAAAAGGCAGCGAGGAUCCCACGAGGAAUAAGUACAAACUGUUCUUAGAGUGCACAUUGAUCCUGACAUCCGUAGUGCCGCCGGAACUGCCUAUAGAAUUGUCUCUAGCUGUUAAUACGUCUCUGGUAGCACUUUCUAAGUUAGGUGUGUUCUGUACGGAACCGUUCCGGAUCCCCUUCGCCGGCAAGGUCGAUAUUUGCUGCUUCGACAAAACCGGUACACUCACCAGCGAUAACUUGGUAGUCGAGGGUGUCGCGGGAAUCGAUGGUAAAGCAGACGUGAUCCAACUUUCGGACACACCUCUGGAGAGUGUUCAAGUGCUCGCCACGUGUCAUUCCCUCGUUCAAUUAGACGAUGGUAUCGUCGGUGAUCCUCUGGAAAAAGCCACUCUCAAGGCUAUCAAUUGGAGUCUCACAAAAAGUGACUCGGUGAUUCCUAAGAAAGGUAAAUCUCCGGUGCUAAAGAUCGUACAGAGGUAUCAUUUCUCGCCAGCUUUGAAGAGAAUGAGCGUCGUGGUCGGAUAUAAUGUUCCAGGAGCCUCGGAGACGCAUUACAUGACUACAGUGAAAGGCGCGCCGGAAACCUUAAAGAGUAUGUUAUCCUCCAUACCUGAAAAUUACGAGUCAACGUACUUGUCCUUCUCGCGACGCGGUGCGAGAGUGCUUGCCCUGGGAUACCGUAAGCUCUCUGGUACUUUAUCCUCUCAGGACCUGAGGGAAUUGACUCGCGAGAAGUUGGAGAGCAAUCUCACGUUCGCCGGUUUCGUCAUUAUCAGUUGCCCUCUUAAGCCUGACUCGAAAGCCGUCAUUAAGGAAAUUGUUAAUUCCUCGCAUUCGGUGGUAAUGAUAACUGGCGACAAUCCGUUGACGGCUUGUCACGUGAGCCGCGAGCUACAUUUCACGAAGAAGUCCAACACGCUCAUAUUGACCGAGGAUGGCGACGAAUGGCGGUGGGAAAGCAUAGAUAAGACGAUGGAACUUCCUCUAAACGCAAGUAAUAUCGAGCCAUAUAAAGAGAUUUGGCACGAUUAUGCGCUCUGUGUGACGGGUGAGGGUUUAGUGUAUCUGGAAGAGAACCAACGCAAUAUCCUUUGGAAGUUAUUGCCGCACAUUGUGAUUUUUGCGCGAUGCGCACCGAAGCAGAAGGAAUUCAUCAUCGUGUCUCUAAGAUCUCUUGGCUACACGACGUUGAUGUGCGGAGAUGGAACGAACGACGUCGGUGCUUUGAAACACGCGCAUGUGGGUGUUGCGAUCCUUUCUAGUCCACCCAAGAAAAUACUUCCCGACAAACGAGAAGACUUCCGGAAUGACACGUCUAUGUCGCCCAUAAACAACGGACCGAGAGCGAAUUCGAAAACGCCACUGCUGAACACCCGUACGAAACUGCAGAAGAUGCUGAAAGAUGUCGAGAAUGAGACGCAAGAGUUGCCUACGACCGUGAAACUCGGCGACGCCUCUAUCGCGGCGCCCUUCACUAGCAAGAUGUCUUCUAUCCAAUGCAUAUGUCACGUAAUCAAGCAAGGACGCUGUACCCUGGUCACCACUCUGCAAAUGUUCAAGAUCCUGGCGCUGAACGCGCUGAUACUCGCUUACAGUCAAUCGGUGCUAUACCUAGAUGGAGUUAAAUUCAGCGACGUGCAGGCAACUUUGCAGGGUAUUCUCUUGGCGGCGUGUUUCCUCUUUAUCUCGCGCUCGAAACCCCUGAAGACUCUGUCGCAGCAGAGACCGCUGCCGAAUAUCUUCAAUCUCUAUACCAUCGCAACCGUGUUGCUGCAAUUCACCGUACACUUCAUUUCUUUACUCUAUCUAGUGAAAGAGGCUGUCGCCUGGUCUCCAGAGGACCACAAAUUAGUAUCUUUGUUGCAUAGUAAUUUUAGCACUAAUUUGGAGUCAGCAGCGACUGCAUCUAGCAACGACAAUAACGAAGAUGAGCCUUUUGAGGCAAAUUUAAUAAAUAGUACUGUGUACAUAAUAGCGAUGUCUCUUCAGGUUUCCACCUUUGCCAUAAAUUAUCGGGGUCUGCCGUUCAUGGAGAGUCUGCGACAGAAUAAGGCUUUAAUGGUGAGUCUAUUGGGCAACUCCGUCGUCAUUCUGUUGCUGGCCUGUGGAUUUCUGCCCAACUUAGCAGUGCAAUUCGAGAUUGUGGAUUUUCCAAGUCAAUUUCGUGUUACACUGGUGCAAGUGUUAAUCGCGGAUUUUGCCUUCGCUUACAUUGUCGACAGAGUCUGUCUGUGGCUCCUCGGCGAUGGAAGACAACACAAACUGUGAUCAAAACUAUCUUUAAUCGAUGACUGACUGUAUCAAAGAUUUUUCUAUGUAACUUUUGUUACUGAUCUUGUUCCACGUUAAGAGCUGACAAUUUUGAUAUUUAAAAAUCGGUGAUGUUCUUGUCAUUACAUCUACGCACUUAUUCACACAUGCAAAAUAAACACACGUACACACGUACACACGACUCAUCGUCUGUAAUUGCAUUUUAUAUUUUACGUCAGAUCAGAGUAUCUUUUAUUUUGUGUGCGAGAGAAACGGAAAUGUAAUGUGUACGGAAAAUAUAAAUAUAUGCACGACGAUCUCUCACGGUUCGCUACUCACCUAAAGAAUUGAAAUCGUUCACUCUUCAAUGCCGUCAACUUCUUCGUGGAACAAGAGGCAAUGCUCCGGAAGAUCGUUAUUUAUUGUCGAUGUUGACAUUAUACGAUAAUUGUUAAAUCAGUAUUUGUCUUAGCAUAUUAACGUAUAUAUAUCAAAGAUGUCGCGGAGGAUAUAUUGUUUAGUCUCGUGAUCUGGACGAAGAUCCUGGUUGAUCCGUUGAUUUUCUCGAGACAUUUGAUGAUCCUGUCAGCGCAUCGACAAUAAAUAUUAGUCACGUGAAGCAGCGCUCGAGAAAGAAAGAGAACAAGAGAAAGAGAGAGAGUGUGUGUGAGAGAGCAAAGCGUGUGUAUCGUGUACAUAAAAUGUAGAUAAACGAUACUGCUUCAAGAUACGCCGUUCACGUACAGAUCUCCAGAAUGUAUGGGAACGGUCGCAUCACGACUUAUACACGAUACCCGAUGUAAAUCGUGUAUAAGUGAAACAUCGCAUCGUCCCAUAAUAAUUCUACAUUUAUUUACGAUAUACGAUCGCGCGAAACACUUCUCUAAUCGUCUAUCCGACACGACAAUUCUGUGUAUGUACGUAUUUAGUAGUUUCAUACGUUUCAACAAUUGCAUUCCACUUUGAAGGCGUCGAUCGUCAACAACACUCUUGCGGCGCACAUUUCAAGUUUGCUGAUCAAAUAUACCUGUAGUUGUGUUUUAUUCCGAUUUUUCCAUUAUAUACAUACGUGCGCGUUCGAUUGUGUCGAUCGAUUUUCGUCUCUGUCUCGACCACAUACCGUGUGUUGGACAGAUGAAGAGCGAGAGGCGAAAAGAUGUUGGUUUGUUCUCGUAUCUUAGGUCAUUAAGAACGUCUUUGGUCAUUGAGUGUAUAGUUGUAUAUUAUUGUACAUUUAUAAUGAUGACUAAUAAAACGUUCAAAAUGACGAUUAAAAACCAGCAGUCUUUUUUUGAUCGUUGAUGAUAUCGGUUAAAUCGAAGAACCGGCCGGAGGUUCAUCGGUAUUGCUAAUGAUAUUCGUUUAAUUAGCACUUGAAUACCGAGCAGCAAAUAAGUAGGGAGGUCGUUCUACAUUGGUUGCAUUCUGCGAACACAAUGCUUGUGCAAUCAUUGAGCAAAAAUUAUCUACGAUUAGUGUCUACUUUUAGACCUAUCAAUAACGCCCAUCUUCCAAAAGUAGAUCAUCCAACUGUUAUGUUCACUAAACGUGGUCAUUGUGAAAACUCCUGUCAGCAUCGGGGAAGGGGAUUAUUAGCGGUCAGCGAAAUGUAUCAGUAUUUAGGUCAUUAUUUUUUAUUCGCGGUCACUGAUCCCGAAGUUAGAGAAUGUGCUUUUCUUUAUUGAAAAUACUUAACUGCAAAAUACUUGGAAUACUUUAACGUCUCGGUUGGCGUUACGUUUGCUGCAGUCGUACUUGCUUCUUACUCGUGAAUAUUUCAAAUGUGUUUACGAAUGUAGAAAAAGCAAGAGAUUCCCUAAGGGUAAUUUUCCAACUUAUGUAAAGUUAGCCUCUUAAUAUUUAAAAAACAAAAUUUGUCUAUGUUUGCUUACGAAUGCCCCGUUGGAAUUUUCGUUUGUCCUUAGCUAAAGUUAUAAAAUUUAAUUUUUGGGGGGCCAACUUUACAUUAGUUCCCCAAUAUUAAAAAAAAAUGAAAAUUUUUUCUUUGUAUUCGUUUGCUCACGAAUGCCCCAUUGGAAUUUUCUCAAUUAUAAAAAAUUCCUUAAUUUCUUCCUUAAUUACAAAGUUAUUGAAAAUUAAUUAAUUAAUUUAUUAAUCUAUCACAUAUACUAAAAUAAUAAAUUCUGAAAAUUUUGCUCUAGGCUAACUUCAUUUUUUAAAGACUUUGUAAAUAUUUUAUGUGUAUUUUAUGUAUAUUUUAUUUGUAAUAUUUUAUGUGUAUUUUAUAUGUCAUAAUAUUAUAACGUUUAAAAUUUUCACCUUACUAAAUUAAUCUAUCAUAUAUUAAAAUAACAGAUACUGAACAAAUUAGCAAAAGAUUCUACAAAAAAUAUGUGCAUAGUUUAAGUAUCUUAUCGCUGAUAUAUAUAUAUAUUCCCUUAUCUAUUUUACAACACAUUAGACCUGUUCUUUGUAGCUGCACUGUUGAACUGAUACAAUAUAUUAAAAUGAAACAAAUAUACGUUUUCUCACUCUAACUUAUUGUACUAGUUCAAUAAUGUAGCUACAAAGAACAGGUCUAUUAAUCAAACUAGGUUAGAUUAAGUUAGACUAUACAUUUUAACCUACUCCAUAUAGUAAAAUUAUUUAAUCUAUGUAUUAUUAUAGUAUAUGAUAGACUAAUUAAGACUAAUAUGUACUAAUAUAUAAUGGACCAAUUAAGACUUAAUAAGACGAAAGAUUUAAACAAUUUUCAUUAUGAUAUAUUAAGAUAUUUACAAAAAAUUAUCUUGAAAAUUUACAUUAGCUUGAAUUAAGCUAGAUUAAAAUUUUUUAACCUCAAUUGUUAAUGACAGCCGACAGAAUUGUUUACGUAGAAUUAUUUGUUUUAUUCUGUUAACAUACACAGGAAUAUUAGUUUUUCGAUUAAUUUGUUAAUUUAUCGGAUGACAAAUUGCACAGUUUGAAAUCACUGUUGGCGAUUUUAACAGUUAACAUUUUGCAGUCGUAAUGUUUUGGACAGCUGACUGUAUCAAUGUUUAUAGUGUAGAAGAUAAAUAUUUCAAGUGUACGUUUCAAUCAUAUCUCAUAUGAAAAAAAAACAUGUUUCGACUGAAAAUAAACGAUUGGUGACGAGUA